UUGAGCCUCAGCUUCCACAUCUGUAGAAUGGACAUAAUUAAAAUUAUAACAGAGGUUCACUUAGCAAUGCAUUAAAACAAAGUUAUGUCAGACAUUUACACCGCACCUGGCUCUCAAUCAGCAUUAAAAGAAAAAGGUGCUGCUAAUGAGAUGACUGAAGCAAUGCUGGCCUCUAGAUUGCAAACUCGGCGUCAUGUCACAGAAACCACAGACUGGAACUCAUGCAUGGAAUUCAUCAUAUCCGUGGGAGAGUGUCUGAGUCCUGUGCCCUUUGGGUCUUUAGUCUUCAUUUAUAUCAUUCAAGCCAACCUCAUGCUUUCAUUUUCUGGAUCAAAAGAUUAGAAGGCGCAAUGCAGAAAAGGGAUGGAAGACACAAAGAACAGAGAGAGAAAGGGAGGGAGAGAGGAAGAGAUCCAGGGGAAGAGGGCAGGGACAAAAAGAAAACAGAAGAGAAGACAGGUGGGAAAACUACUCCAAGCAGACCAAAGUUUGGAAGAACAUGGAAAUCCAGUGACAUUUAGUAGCAAGGCCUGCGUUGGGAUUUUCUCAUCACAUCCUCUGAUACAGUCAUUUAAUAAUUGGCUGCCUGCUACGCCCAUGUGUCACUGACCAGGAGGCAUUUCCUGCGGUGGCGCUUCAUGACCCAGCGACGUCCGGCCUAGCGAAGCCCCCGUGGUGUCCAGCAUGGCCACGCUGCUCCUGGGCGCGGCGCUGCUGGUGGCACAGCUCCAGCUAGUGCCUUCCCGCCCUGGCGCGCCCUGGGCGGAACCUGGACCACAGGAGCUGGUGUGGAAAGCAGCCACCCUCCAGGAUCAGGCCCUGGAAGGCGCGGCCCCCAAUGGCUCUGCCAGGCAGCUCCCGCAGACCAUCAUCAUCGGUGUGCGCAAGGGCGGCACCCGCGCGCUGCUGGAGAUGCUCAGCCUGCACCCCGACGUGGCGGCCGCCGAGAACGAGGUGCACUUCUUCGACUGGGAGGAGCACUACAGCCAAGGCCUGGGCUGGUACCUCAGCCAGAUGCCCCUCUCCGCCCCCCACCAGCUCACCGUGGAAAAGACCCCCGCGUACUUCACGUCACCCAAAGUGCCUGAGCGGGUCCACGGUAUGAACCCGGCCCUCCGGCUGCUGCUCAUCCUGCGGGACCCUUCGGAGCGCGUGCUGUCAGACUACACGCAGGUGCUGUACAACCACGUGCAGAAGCACAAGCCCUACCCGUCCAUCGAGGAGUUCCUGGUGCGCGAUGGCCGCCUCAACGUGGACUACAAGGCGCUCAACCGUAGCCUCUACCACGUGCACAUGCGCAACUGGCUGCGCUUCUUCCCGCUGCACCGCAUCCACAUUGUGGACGGUGACCGCCUCAUCAGGGACCCUUUCCCUGAGAUCCAGAGGGUGGAGAGGUUCCUGAAGCUGUCCCCGCAGAUCAACGCCUCAAACUUCUACUUUAACAAAACCAAGGGCUUCUACUGCCUGCGGGACAGCGGGCGGGAUCGCUGCUUGCAUGAGUCCAAAGGCCGGGCGCACCCCCAAGUGGACCCCAAACUCCUCCAUAAACUGCACGAAUAUUUCCACGAGCCAAAUAAGAAAUUCUUUGAGCUCGUGGGCAGAACAUUUGACUGGCACUGAUUUGCAAUAAGCUAGGCUCCCAACCUUUCUGAUACUGUAAGUUCCGGUGUACAUCUAGGGUGGGGGAAGGAGUUUUAAAAGGCAUUUAAGCUAUAAUUUAUUUGUAAGAUCCAUAAAUGACUUCUGUACAGUAUUAGAUUCACAAUUGCCAUAUAUACUAGUUAUAUUUUUCUACUUGUUAAAUUGAGGGCAUUUUGUAUUGUUUUUCAUGGUUGUUAACAUUGUGUAAUAUGUCUCUAUAUGAAGGAACUAAAAGAUUUCACUGCAAAAAGAAAUAAUAAUAAAUUCUGGAGACGCUGUCUUCUUUUAAUAUAA